AUGGCGCAUGGCUGCGACAGCGAGGGCACGAGCAGGCGGCGUGUGGGCGGGAGAGUGAAGAGGGGCGGGCACAGCAUGUGGUGUGCGGACGCUUUUGCCCUCGCGCACAGGGCCUCACGCGCCUGCCACCGCACUCACACCUGCUACCGCUGCCAGCAGCGAGAGUCCGACUGGAGUGCGGAGGAGGCGGUGCGGCAGCAGCUGUGCGCACUGCAGAGAAACGACGACCCGUACCCCGACCAUGGCGUCGAGGUCAUGUACCGCUUUGCAGGGUUCGACCCAUUUGAGCGAUCGCGGUACUUUGGUCCGCGCUUUGACCUGGGGCAGUUUGAGAGGUUUCGGCGGCUCUUCCACCACACGCACUACCGCGUGCUGCUCUCCCACAAGCGCCACCGCCUCCUCUCCUCCUUCUACGUCUCCCCAGUACCCACCCACCCCUCCAUCCACUUCUCAUCCUCUAUCCAUUUGCCCUUCCCCAAGCUUCUCUGA